GAUUUGUUGAACGGGGGGUAUAAAGACUCAAGCGAGUGACUACUGCUUCCUUUCAGCUUUUUUUCCUCUGAGCGUGGGAAAUCGCACUGGCGUUACUUUCCCUAUUCCCUUAACGCACUGAUCGCCAUACAUGCCAUCUCCCGCCUUGGGCUCUGAAGGAAAACCCAUGGUGCGUCGAACUGUCUGCUGAUCGCCGGGGGGGUUAAGUUGCAGCUUGUCACACAAUGCAGACGUCAUCUCCACUGGAUUUAGAUCAGCUUUGGGGAUGUUUUCUUCUUCUCCUCAGUUCCUAUCGCACCCUGUUGUGAGUAUGGAAUACUGUAAAGACAACAUGUUUUGAGAAUCCUGCAGACCGGAAGGUAGCUGGAAUACAAGUUUGCAUUGAUUUAUGCUGCUGCAUCAAUUUUUUACUACGGUUGCGUAUUUCUUUCCAUCUCUAAGUGUGUGACUAAUGAUCAGUCACCGCAGGGUCGCUGUCGCGGAUAGCUUCUCGCAAACUUGAAGUUCGCAUCGCCCGGUGCUGCUGUGCCUGCACUCGGGUGGUGAUCUUCGCAUGAGGCGUCUGUGUUUGCUGUCGGCGCACAUGCACAGGCGUCCCCACCGGCACCCCAGCGACUUCUGAUAGAGCAACCUCGUCUGCAAGAAGGAGGAAAAAACGGAGGGGUAAAAGAGGAAAUAGUGGGUGCUGUGCUGUAAGGACACUGCAGCCGGUAGUGGACAUUUAAGGAGGCGAUGCUGCUGAACAUGUCACAGACAAUGAACAAAAAACAUCACUGUGUGCAGGUAUGAAUGAUCCUCUGAAAUCUCGGUCCGCGUGAGUUUGGCGUAGCUCUUCCUCAAGACUAUGUUUAUUGAUGCAUGUAUGGAAUUACGCAUGAACUGAUCUCAUUUUUUUCCAUCAUGUCCAAGAAUCUUUCGACGAUGUCAUCUGUUUUAAUAUAGCAAUGACAAUGUAGUAUUUGGACGAAUCCAGAAGACCAGCUCCUAAAAAAAUAAUAUAUAUUUGACAUUUGACUUCACGGAACAGACCACUCAGCCGCCACCAUGGGACUGUGACCCGGGCUGCGAGCUCCGAGAGGCGGCUGUUUGUGUAGUCUGAGCCCCCUGUUCAGACUGGACCUGAGCAGCUGUGACAUUUUGAGCCAUGGCUGCUGCUAUCGCCAGUGGCCUGAUCAGACAGAAGAGACAGGCACGGGAGCAGCACUUAGAGCGGCCGCAGCCCAACCGACGGAGGAAGAGCCCCAACAAGAACAAGGGGCUCUGCAAUGGGAACCUGGUCGACAUCUUCUCUAAAGUGCGCAUCUUCGGCCUCAGGAAACGAAGACUACGGAGACAAGAUCCCCAGCUCAAGGGUAUAGUGACCAGGUUAUAUUGCAGGCAGGGAUACUACUUGCAAAUGAACCCCGAUGGCUCUCUUGAUGGGACCAAAGAUGACAGCAGUAAUUCCUCUUUGUUCAACCUUAUUCCUGUGGGCCUCCGAGUUGUCGCCAUUCAGUCCGUGAAGACAGGGUUAUACAUCGCCAUGAACGGGGAGGGUCAUCUGUACACAUCAGAACUCUUUACAGCGGAGUGCAAGUUCAAAGAGUCGGUGUUUGAGAACUACUAUGUGAUCUACUCGUCCAUGUUGUACAGACAACAGGAGUCGGGGAGAGCUUGGUUCCUAGGGCUCAAUAAAGACGGCCAAGCUAUGAAGGGGAAUCGGGUGAAAAAAACCAAACCAGCUGCUCACUUCCUGCCCAAGCCAUUAGAAGUUGCCAUGUACAGAGAGCCAUCGUUGCAUGAUGUUGGAGAGACAGUGCCCAAGACAGCAGUUCCUCCCAGUAAAAGCACAACUGAGCCGGCAGUGAUGAACGGAGGUAAACCUGUAAGCAAGCCCGACAAGCCCCCCACAUAGCCACACCUGACUCAGUGUGUGUGGAGGGGGGGGGGGGGGACUUGACGGAGGCAGGGCUUUUCCCGACUAGACUCCAAACCCUCUUUCUUCUGUGGAUCCGAUCCAGGCAAACCGUCCUUCCUUUCUUCUCUUGCUCCCUCUUCCCUUCUUCUCCGCCUCGCCCUCCCUUUCUCCGGCUGUCUCAUCACGGGCGCAUGGAUUCUGAGGCGGCUGAGUUUCUCCAGCACAGGAGGGAAGAGGACCUCUGAAUAUGGAAUGCCUUUUAGAUUCCUCUGAAACUGUGAGAAUUCAUGUGAAUAACACGUGUUUCACACCCACGCUAGUGGUACUUUGCUUGCUGACAGUUCAUUCAAG